CCUUUCGAGCGGUGUCCUGUGUAGUUUGGUACACGAGAACAGGAGUCAAGACUUCGCGGGGUGUCGGGCAGUGAUGGAAAUUCAAUUCAACCCGCCACCGUCAUCAAACUUCCACCCAUGACAUCGCCAGCUAGCGCCAUAGCCACUCGCUGCCAGAGCAGUAGGCUAAGCCUAGUGCCUAAGCCUAACUUUCUCGGCGUUCCCGGCCGCAGGGAUGCAAAGACGUGAUUCCCGGGAGCCCCGAGACGAGACUCCCAAGCGUGCAUCCAAAACUACGGCCGCCGCAAGAGCUAUGCAUUCGCAGACAAGGCCAACGGGAUCGAGCAACUCCGGUGUUUUGAUGGUGGGACCCAACUUCAAAGUGGGCAAAAAAUCGGCUGCCAACUUCGGAGAGCUACGACUAGGAAAGAACCUCUACAAUAAUGAACAUGUUGCAAUUAAGUUGGAACCUAUGAAGUCAAAGGCUCCACAAUUACAUUUAGAAUACAGGUUUUACAAGCUUUUAGGAAACAAUGAAGGCAUCCCAAAGGUCUACUAUUUUGGACCCUGUGGGAAAUACAAUGCUCUGGUCAUGGAACUCUUGGGGCCCAGCUUAGAGGACCUCUUCGACCUAUGCGACCGCAAGUUCUCCCUCAAGACAGUUCUACUUACCGCCAUUCAGCUACUUCAUCGAAUUGAGUAUGUGCACACAAAACAUCUGAUCUACCGGGAUGUGAAACCGGAAAACUUCCUCAUCGGGCGGCAGUCCACCAAGAAGCACAAUAUCAUCCACAUCAUUGACUUUGGUUUGGCCAAGGAGUACAUAGAUCCUGAAACCAACAAGCACAUUCCCUAUCGGGAACACAAGAGCUUGACAGGCACGGCCCGCUACAUGAGCAUCAACACACACCUCGGCAAAGAGCAAAGCAGAAGGGACGACCUGGAGGCAUUGGGGCAUAUGUUCAUGUACUUCCUGAGAGGCAGCCUUCCAUGGCAAGGGCUCAAGGCGGACACCCUCAAAGAACGCUACCAGAAGAUUGGCGACACAAAACGAGCCACUCCCAUUGAGGUGCUUUGUGACGGUUACCCUGAAAUGGCCACAUACUUGAGGUACGUCAGGCGGCUAGACUUUUUGAAACUCCCGACUAUGACUACCUGAGGAAAAUGUUUCACGACCUGUUCGAGCGCAAGGGCUAUGUUGAUGACGGAGAGUUCGACUGGACGG